UAUAACAAUCAUUUAUCAAUAAUUUUUUUCCCCCAAUGUAGGCACAGUUUGAUGAAAAUAAUCUUUGUUGUUUGCUUCAUACUGGACAAUGUUUGUGUGUGAUUCGAGGUCAGAUAUAACCCUUUAACUCAAUGUAUGCCAUUGACGAUGAAAGGCGUUGUCUGUCUACUAGUGACAAGCUAAUUUAAUUUUAGUUUUUGAGAGUAACAUGAUUGGACAUCCAUCAUGGUCAAUGGCACUGAAAGAGCUCUCCCUUCUUCCUCUACGCAUGUGACGUCAGCGCGUUGAGCUGCAUUAAAAGUUGUCCGGGCAAAACGUCAUGCUCAGAGCUGGCAAUAUCAAACGAUUCCUUGAGGCGGAGAAAAUGCCUUGAUCAAUUUUUAAAAUCGAGUUACCCGAAUUAUUCGAGUAAUCGUUUCAGCUCUAGUACGUAAUAAAGACUCUUGACAGUUUUGACUAUUUAAAGUACGUAUGACACCAAAAAGCAUGUUUAUUUCAUAUUUCACGCAGUAUUUUAUGCUCCUGAAUGAAAGGAACCGCUUGGAUGUGUGUGGAAGCGAUCGUUUUAUUUCUUCAAUUUUUUUAAUCCCGCGCCAUGAAAAGGAAUAACUUCCUGUUUUAAAGAGGAAUGCGAAUGUGACGUCACCCGGGUCAGCAUCUUACAAUACAGUUGAGCUGUCCCGACUAGUCGACGUUGUCGACGUCAUUGAUGACGUAAAUGCGUCGACGGGCAAUGACGGGUUAAAAAAAAUUACAUGCGGAUAAAGUUUAGAAUGGCGGGCGCUCGCGAUGCAAGCGGUUGUUACUGGCACCCCCAAGGGGGCUGCUGUUAUUUCAAUGUGACCGGCAUUGUCAGAUUGAGCAAAUAGGAAGAAAGUGGGCGAGCGAGAAAGGGAGUGAGAUCGGUGAGUUGGAAAAGUUCGCGGGUAGCGCGGAGUUGAGUGGCUGCAUCCCCCACCGACGUCACAAAAUCACGUGAUCGCUGUAUUGUUCCGCCCCCUUGUCCGUCAUUUUGUGUCUGUAUUAUCAAUGGUCUCAAUUGAUCGAGCAAUUUAUAAUGCAUUUCAUGGAAGACCCGGUGCUUUCGGAUGCCGUAAACUCACUGGAUGCGUUGCAUAAAAGGCGUUAUGUGGAAAAGCUUCAGUUUAUCCAUUCGCCAGAUCCAUAUUUGAUGCCUAAAUCGAUGUUUUUCGACCCGCUGUCUUCGCCUGACAUCUGCUAGCUACCCUGAUAUUUACAACUAUCUUGUCCACACAAAAUCAGCCUAUUCUCACGAAAGUUUGAAAAACUUUAAGAGCUUGGAGGCUUAUAAAUACUUCGUUGCUGGUUGGGUGAAACAGGUCCUCGUACACGAAAAUUCGGCAGGAAUCUAUCUUGUGCUUGGAAAGGUGAGUUACGAAAUUUUCAAUUCAAAAUCUUUUGUUCUUGCCAACAUCCACUGUCAAGUCUAAUGUAUUUCAUGUCAUUUGUCAAUGGAGCUAGGGCUUUUAAUGUUUAUAUGGUUUAGCGAUAGCACUCUCACUACAUACAUACGUGUAUGUUGUCGGCGAUUAGCCUAGCAAUGAUCUUAAUUGUGGUUGUCAGCCCAAAAUCCUCUAAAUAUAUAUUAAAUGCAUCUUACCAGAUAUAAAAUGACUACUACAUAAUCUGUGGUAAUCGUUUGGAGCCCAGUUGUCUCGUCGAAUUGCAGCAGCCCAUCUCGCUCUCUCCUCUCCGGGUCUCUCGGAAUCCGGUAGAACUUCAAGUCUCUCCGUCUAUCUUCUCUGUUAUUGCAACCGACCGCCACACACGCCUUCACCAUUUUGAUUAUUAAUGUUAACGAGCAGAAAAACACGCCGUAAAUAGGAGGAAUGUACGUAGCCGUAACAGGUAAACACGAUGUGUUGACGGACAAUUGGGCGGCACCAGUCAGGAGGGCUGAGUUGUGACGUCACGUGGGUAGGGUCUAUAAAGAGCCAUCCGACACCUCUCGGUGUUUUUAUGCACGCCGCCGCCUUCCUGAGGAGGAAAUCGAACGAACCAACGACAACGAGCCAAAUGAAUCGGUGGUUCACUCCUCACUACGGCAAGGAGUUGAAAACACCGCCAAUUACCAAAAAGGGCAGAAUUGGUAACACGUGAAAGCGGCAUAAAGCCAAAAAAGCGGACCAGAAUAGCCAGAGCCUGGAAUUAUUUCAAGGAAAAUAUGGAGGGUGACACCGUGUGUACUCUUUGCUAAACUGAGCUCGCAUACCACGGUAGCACGUCGGCUAUGAACCAACACUUGAAGCGCCGUCACCCAAGUGUAAUUUUAAGAAACAACAAGCUAGCGGAUUGUAAAUCCAUACAACUUUCUAACGAUUUUUUAAUGGAAGUUGCCUUUAUGUGCGUCGUAUCAACGUGCAUUUUUAUUUAAUAAAAUAAUUAAUAUAUAUGUAUAUAAAAUUGUAUAAUAUUUUUUUAAAUUAUUAUUAAAUUUAUUAGGAUCAUGGAAGCUCCCACUUGGGGAAAAUAUAUACAUUACAUAUGUAUUAUGCAGUAAAGCAUUUACGCCAUAUUCAUGUUGACCAUGUGGCAGCUACACGCUCCUCAAACGUCGGCCGGUUUGUCCUGCGGUCAUUGUCCAGCUGCUUCCCCACAAACGAGCCCUCUGCCCGCAGCAGGGGAACGACGUGCUCCAACUUGCCAGCAGCCAGGCAGGUUGCCGAUCGGCGAAGACAGUCGAAAAACCCACCGCCGUGUGACAUGAUCCGGGCUAGUUUUGUGUGAUUUUUCACUUCGAAAAGCGAAAAUAAGACUUAGAGACAUCACUCGGUUCAUUAAGUGUCAAACCGAUCCCAGAAAGGGCCUAGUGGGUGCUGGAUUUUGUUCCAACCGAUAACGCGCAGAGUUUAACCAAUGAACUUCCUGCUGAAACAAGCAGCACCUGACAAAGUUUAACUGAUUACACAUGUAAAAGAUCUAAUUGAUGAAAAGGUGUCCUCUUCUUAGGUUGGAAAGCAAGCCUGCACCAACUAGGCCCUUUCUGGAAUCGGUUUGGCACCUGUGGGUUAGCAUGUUGGCUAGCUGUCACGCCUCUUGGUUUGUUUACAUUCUCCGGAGCCGGGGUGGGGAAAUGACAAAAGCCGGAUUAACUAUGGUGGCAUAAAAUAUCGUUCGAGAGGUGCGACAGUAAAGGUGAAGUCCACAGAUUUGACCAUUAUGGAGUAAUUUUGCCAUGUUGUACUGAAUAAAUGCAUUUUUAAUAUUUCAUAUUCCAUUCAGCACAAGACUGUUAUUUGUCAUGACCAUACCAUUUAUUUAGCAGUUGGUGAAAAAUAAUUGAGUAUGACGCUAGAGCCCUAUAAUGGUAGGCGUGGCUAAACAGCAGAUUAAAAGACUUAAUUUCUCGUCAUCUGCACUUUGCCAAAUUGUUGUAUAUAGUCGAAUCGUCUCAAAAUAUGAUUCUAAUUCACAUAAUAAUGCUAUUUAAGACUUUUUUUUUUUUAUCCUGUCGUAUGCACUUUAAAGCUACAUAACAAUGCACAAUAAACGAGUUAUGUGUUAAUCCAACUCCAUAGAAUGGUUGAUCAUUGUGGGGUUCUUGUCGUUUUUGUGCCUUAGGAAAAGAUUUUACUUGUGGUGCGAUCGAUCGAUAGUUCGCAAUAGGAUAAAUGGAUGGCGGUCCUUUCCUAAAUUAACAAUGAACUAGUUGUGUGUGUUAAGACAUACCUUCACAUCUCUCACACACCAUAUUCUUCUGGACUGAGAGUUUCCUUGUGACUCCAUUAUAAAGAUCUUCCAGUGUUACUGAAAUCUGAUGAACUAUGUUUUUGCCUGCAGUGGGAAGACCAAAUUAGUAGUUAUAUUUAAAACGAUCACAACACAUUUGGAUAAAAAUACUAAUACAACUGUGAUUCAGAAUUUGAAGAUUUCUAUAUUCUGUAUCUCCACCUUUUCUUUCUCUGUGCAUCCGACUCCCGCCUCCAAAAAACAAGUCAAAGAUGUCAAUCGGUGAUGCAAAGCUUCCUCCUCCACUGCCACCACCUGGUCCACCUUCCUUUAUGGCCUUUUCUCCUCCACGGUCAUAAAUCUCCCUUUUCUUGGCAUCUGACAAGACCUCGUAUGCUUGUGAGAUUUGUUUGAACUACAAAUGAUUGAAAAUACUCUUUAGAUAUGAUGACAUGCCUGAUGGGGUCAAUCUGCCAUGACACAAAUUUGUAUUUUGUUCAAAUUGUUUACUUACCUUCUCGCCUUCUGUCGGAUUUUUGUCCGGAUGAUAUUUUAAAGCAAGUUUGCGGUAAGCCCUUUUUAGUUCAUCGGGAGUUGCAUUUGGUUUUACACCCAACGUGUCAUAGAAACCCGUUUCCUUCACCAUGUUUACCUUGAGAUGAUAACCUUGGCAAAUCAGAGAUAACAAGACAAUUAUGUACAAGUCGUUUUACGACAUAAUACACUUUCAGCCUCAAAUAGAUCAAUAGAUACUUACUUUUAAAAUGAAAAGAGUCAAAGGAGUGGCCAAAUCCUAAUUUGACAUUUAUUUUAACGUUAAAUCAAACGCUGUAGAGAAACACGUGUCACAAAACUGUCCCCGUGAAUUGAUCGCAAUGAUCGGCUAUGUGCCGUCUUUAGUGUUUGUCAAAAUCUAAAACGAAAAUGACACCUUAGGAAAAACGAAACACAUUCAACUAAAACGAAUGACAAGUCUUAAAUGCUGCCAUUUGCCAUACUUGGGGGAAAAUGAAUAUUCGCAAAUAAACUCAAUCGAAAACAAGAAAAUUGACUUGUCAACUAAUAUUUAAAAGUGGCGAACUUGUAACAACGUAGCAUAGUCAAACUAUUCCCAAGGUUUCGUUUCUCGGGGCCUGCCUACGUUAGCCUGGUAGCUAAGGCUAAUAUGCUAACCAGGAUACGAGAGAUACGAUGGCAAUACUUUUAAAAUGAACCAAUUAGCGGAAUUAAUACGCCAACAUUUACGAAGCGUGCACUCAUGUAACCAACAACACGUUCCAACCUAAGGGGAAGCAACACGUUGACGCCGCCAAAAAGUCAAGCGAAGACUUCAAAUUCCAGAAUUUUCUCUGCCAUGGGGCAAGAACUGCAAUGACGUCAUUAUCAAGCGACCUCACCGGUCAACAAAGCAAGCGUGGGCUUGUUUGCUAACCGGACUAAUUUAUAAUUUAGUUCAAAUAUAAUGAUAAAAUGUCAAUUUGUAGGUUUAUCAGUCAGGAAGAAACGCACAAACCUAUUCUGCUUCCUCACCUUCAAUCAGUUAUCUUGGGUCGUGGGCCCGAAACUACCAUUAAAGACAAAAAAUGCUCCAGGGAACAAGUUGAGUUAAAAGCAGACUGCAGCAAAGGUUUUGUCAUUGUUAAACAGCUGGGUGCAAACCCCACCUCCAUCGACUCUGAGAUGGUGGGUCAGGGGAAGGAAGUCCUGAUGAAACCUGGCCAGUUGCUGCACUUUGUCAAUGCUAUGUACCCAUACACUGUGAAGUUCACAGAGAAUCCUAGUAGUUGUAAGAGACCUCAUGAUACUUCUUCAAAUGAAAAAGAAGGCUGUCCAGAUGUUCCCAGUGUAAAAACAGCCAAAAAAACAGAACAAUCGCCUCGUCCUGUCAAAACACAAGUGUCGAAGGUGAUCAAUGAAAAUGUUGGACAUUGGAGCCAAGGGUUGAAAACUUCGAUGCACGACCCUAAUAUGCAGGUGUAUAAGGAUGAUAAAGUAGUCGUAAUCAAGGACAAAUACCCCAAGGCACGUUACCAUUGGCUGGUCCUCCCUUGGGAAUCUAUUCCUAGCCUGAAGGCGCUACGGGAUGAGCACUGCAGCCUGGUUAAACACAUGCACCAAGUGGCUGACCAGAUGGUUAAACAGUGCCCGCAUGCGAAAUCCCUGAACUUUCGCAGCGGCUACCAUGCCAUCCCCAGUAUGAGUCAUGUGCACCUACACGUGAUCAGCCAAGACUUUGAUUCUCCUUGCUUAAAGAACAAAAAGCACUGGAACUCAUUCACAACAGACUAUUUCAUCCAGUCUCAAGAUGUCAUCCAUAUGCUUGAAACUGAUGGAAAGGUAACAGUUAAAGAAGGCACCAGUGAAAUGUUGAAGCUACCUCUGCGUUGCCACAUUUGUCAAAAGGAACUUCCCACUAUACCAGCUUUGAAGCAACAUCUCAAGUCCCAUUUAUCAGCUGAGAGUACUACCUCAGAUGCAACAUAGUCACACUUCACAUGUUUAUAGAUUCAAUAUGAGACUCCUGGGAUUGACAACCAGUCUAGUGUCUACCAUGCCUCUUGAUCAGUCAGCUGGGAUAUGCUGCAGCUAACUUUUAUUAUUAUAACUAUUGAGACAUUUAAGUUGACCUGGACAUAAUGUAUAUUCAAGGAUCCGACCAGGGCCGGAGUGGGACUCAUUUUCGGCCCUGGAAUUUCAUGCCUCAGACCGGCCCACUCAUUUAAAAUAAUGUCAUUAUGCAUACACGUGUUGAGUUCAGUGUUCUCUAAAGCCGUGUACUGUAAUUCUGUGUAUUCCAAUUCAGUGCAGGUAAUGGUUGUUUAACAAGGUGGCUUUAUUUUAACAAGUGCAACAAAACAUAUUUUGAACAAAUUUAAAAAUGGAUUUAAAAAAAACCAUAUUAAAUGAUACAUUUGAAAAAUAAAUUAGGGCUGUCAAACGAUUAAAAUUUUUAAUCGAGUUAAUUACAGCUUAAAAAUUAAUCGUAAUUAAUCGCAAUUCAAACCAUCUAUAAAAUAUGCCGCAUUUUUCUGUAAAUUAUUGUUGGAAUGGAAAGAUAAGACACAAGAUGGAUAUAUACAUUCAACAUACGGUACAUAAGGACUGUAUUUAUUAUAAAAAUAAAUCAACAAGAUGGCAUUAACAUUCAUAACAUUCUGUUAAAGCGAUCCAUGGAUAGAAAGACUUGUAGUUCUUAAAAGAUAAAUGUUAGUACAAGUUAUAGACAUUUUAUAUUAAAACCCCUCUUAAUGUUUUCAUUUUAAUAAAAUUUGUAAAAUUUUCAAUAAAAAAAUAAACUAGUAGCCCGCCAUUGUUGAUGUCAAUAAUUACUUACACAAUGCUCAUGGGUGCUGAAGCCUAUGAAAUCAGUCGCACCCAAGCGCCAGCAGAGGGUGGCAAAACUCCAUAAAACACAACAAGUGGGCAUGUCAUUGUACUGUCAUUUAAAUCUGUCUGAGCAGGGCAUGUGCGUUAAUUGCGUCAAAUAUUUUAACGUGAUUAACUUAAAAAAUUAAUUACCGCCCGUUAACGUGAUAAUUUUGACAGCCUUAAAAUAAAUUACAAAAUAAGACCUUUUCUGCAACAUCAAAUAUUAACAAAAUGAGUGCUUACAGAUAAAACAAACAUAGCAACAUAACAAUAUGAAAAAUAAGGAAUACGUAUUGCACAUUGUAACAACUUCUAAUGAUACUAUUAUCCAUUUUCUAUUUCCACUUUAAAAACGCCACGUAAUUGAUUAUAUUAAUUCUAAUUUUCACUCGCUGAACGACAUGGCAAUCCUACCUUCCAGCUCUACACCUGUGCUGUGUUCAUUUUGGCUAAUGCUUGCUCCUAUACAUAUCUCUUGUGAGGUGCUACAAGAAGCCAAAGUUUCCACAAUUACAUAUUGUCGUAUCACACGGUGCAAGUUGCAUUUUAUUCGCCAUCUGGCCUUACCAUUUUCGUUGUAAUCCUCUGUAGUUUGAGGCAGCAAGGUCGUUGCAUGAAAAAAAUUGGCUAUUUUCGCGCAUUUUGCCGAUUCUUUCACAAGUGCUUUUCUCUUUUUAAUUCUUAUUUUUCAGCGCCACCCUUGCUCUUUUUAUCCAUCCGAGCACCGAGAUAGCAGCUAAUUUGGCUCAAUACAGGCUACAAUUAGGGGGCGGAGCUGCACGCUGUAUUUUUCGUCUGCACACGUGAGGUUGAGACUGGAAAAAAAAAAAACUAUAUAUAUAUAUAUAUAUAUUUUUUUUUUUAAGACGGCCCACAGGGACAGCGGUAACAGAAUGUAAGUUAUACUCAGUGACACUGUCAUAAAUAAAUACCAGGCAAAAAAUUAUAACACUGUAAUUUUUUUUUUUUUUUAACAAAACCCGGACCGGCCCAUCUGGCCGGCCGGCCCUUCGGGAAUCGUCCAGAAGCUCCCGAUUAGUCACUCCGGGCCUGGAUCCGACAUAGUAUAUGUACAUCAUCUUUCUGCUUUUUCAUUUAAAAAAUUUUUUUUUUUUUGUAAACCUUUCGUUUAGAUUAAAAGAAGCGUGUAUCUUCCUACUUGGUCACUGAAUAUGUUUCCCUAUUCAAUUGGACUUAUGUGUUUUGAUGAGUAGGCAAUGUUUUUUUUUUUUUUUUUUUUAAUGUUUAUACAGUUGUCUGAACAUUUAAUGUACUUUCUUAAGUAACGCAUUAAACCUCUUGGGGACAGUGGUCACUACAGUGGACAGCUAUUCAAAAGUUGACAUUUAAAGACCUUCUUCAACUCUUUAUAGGGCAAGUGACAAUUUUUGGUCAUUUAAAACAUUGUAUUUUUAAAUUUUUAUGAAUUAUAAAUAAAUUAAAGUUUAAUCCAAUAUUCAUGAAAACUAAAAUUAAUUUAACUUAAUAAAAACACACAUACUGGAUAUAUGGCCCCAAGUAACAUUAAAGUUGAUUUGUCUUUUUGUUAUUGCAUGCAAUUGAUGGCGCUAGACGUCCAAAUGAUAAAAACAAGGCGGUCGGAAUAUAACGGGUAGACCUAAUAAAGUGGCCAUGUGAGUGUACACCGCGGACAUUUAUUUGUGUAACAGUAAUAGCUGUUAUAACUAUGUUACAGUGCGGCUAAUCAAACGGUUAAAGCAAGUUAUGACGGAAAAAAAAGCUUUGGCCCGUACGGGGAUCGAACCCGCGACCUUGGCGUUAUUAGCACCACGCUCUAACCAACUGAGCUAACCGGCCACGUCAUCAUUAGUUGGUCAUAAAUUUUUAAACAUUCGUAUGACCAGGUCAAGAGAAUAAAAAAAUCUCACUCAUCAGAUGCAAAGAAGCUAAAACGCUUUCAAUAAUACAUUUUCAAAUGCUAUGGGUAGAUAUAAUCAGAAACGGGUAAAAAGGCUACGCCAUUUCGGCAUGUGAAGGGUCUUCUCCUGGGUCUUCCGCAAUAACAAGAUGACGUUGCAGUUGAAGUGCCAGGUGGGAUGGAGUUUAAAAUUUUUCUUAUAAUUUUUUUUUUUUACCCCCCAGAAGCAAUUUGUUUAAAGUAAACGUUUGGUUGUCAUGAUCAUCUAAUACUACUUUUACGUCCAUCAAGAAAUAAUGCACUAAACAAAUGAUUCAAUUCAAAUGCGGAUAUUUUUCUUAAAAUUGGUUGAUCAAAAUACAUUCAUCCUUAUUAAUUAAUUUAAACAAUAAUGCGUUAAUUUCAUUCAAGAGUAUAAAUAAAAACUCAAUAUUAAUAACAUAAUGCAAUAUUGAAUAUGAAAAAGAAUGAAUAUUGCAUAAAUAUUCUUUUAUACAACAAAAUUAGGUAUUCCCGCUGUUCUGAAAUUUUCACGUGAAGAUAUUGAGAAACAAUUGUAAUUUUCAGUGAUUUGGGGUCAGUUUUCACUUGAAAAACAGUAAUUAUCUUUGCUAUUGUAACAAAACAAAAAGAAUCAUUUUUUUGUUGUCGCUGUCUUGAAAAUUCCACUUGAAAAUAUUGAGGAACCAUAACGUUUGUCCCUUUUUAAUAGCCAUGUGCAAUCAGUUUUCAGUUCAAUUUCAUUUGAAAAUAUUGAGAAGCAAAAAAGUGAUGUAGAAGCAAAAAAGUGAUGUAUUUUUUUUAGCCAUUUAAGAUCAGAUUCCACUUGGAACCCAAGAGAAUACACGUGACUGUUACACUGUUACCCCCCCCCCCCCCAAAAAUACAGAAAAUAGCUGUAACGUUUUUGUUUGUGAACUGAUUGUAAACAUUUGGUGUCACUGUAGUACCCUUUCCAAAUCCUAUCUAGUAAAAAAAAACAGUAUGUUUAAACAUUUAAUAUUAAACAUAUUGAUAUACCCGCCUCAUACCUAACACAACAUACUGGUUAACAUCAAAGUGUAACUGGGAAACAGCACGACACAUUUUUUUCCUUGAAAGAAUAGACAAAAAAAUUAAAAAUUAAAGAUUUAUUUUUAUAAAACACAUCAAAUGCAGUUAACUACAUGGAUACACUGCAGUCAGGUAAAUAUAAGUACAAAAUAUUUUCAGUAAACACAGUAACAUGAUGCCACGAUCAACAUUCAGAAGUAGAAAUAGAAAUAGCUUAUGGUCCAUUUAAUACCUUCAAACAGCUUUUCUACAGUCUUAAAGGUAUUGCGGGGAACUUUUUAUGUGAGGUCAUCUCCGCAAGCGUAACUCCAUCUCAUCUUCAUCUAGCACCAUGAGAUGAUCCACCGUGUAGUGGGCGUCAUCGCCUAUGUCCUGAAAGAAAUAUUCUUCGCUCUCGCAGCUUUCAUUCGCAUCAUUACAUGCGACGCCUUUGCUUUGGUGAAUCUCAUUGCUUUCAUGACUGUUGCUGGCCUUGCUGGUUUCACUGUUUUCAUGACUGGAUGAGUCACUGUUCUUGGUGGAUUCGGUAGUAGUCUCAUUUGAUUCACUGCUUUCAUCACUAGGGGAGUCACUAUCUUUAGUGGUUCCAUUGUUUUCCUCACUGGUGUUGUCGAUGGAUUGGCUGCUUUCAUGACUUGAGGUAUCACUGGACUCACUGCUUUCAAGACUGGUUGAGUCACCGUCCUUGCUGGCUCCACUGGUAGUCUCAUUUGAUUCACUGCUUUCAUGCCUGGUGAUGUCACUGGCCUUGGUGAGUCCACUGUUUUUAGGAAUGCUGAUAUCACUGGAUCCACUGCUUUCAUGGCUGCUGGUGUCACUAGAUUCACUGCUGUCGUUACUGGUUAUACCACCUGUCAUGUUGGUUUGAGCGAUUUCUUCACUACUCUCACUGCUGUCAAUCACAUCACUUACCAGUGAGCUCUUAAUUGAAUAGCUUACUUCACUGACCUUAGCUGUCUCAUGGGUUUCACCAUUACUGACCUCAACAGACUCUGUGCUCUCAUCACUGGCACUCUGACUGCUCUUGUCUGCCUCUUUAUUUUCAUGACUUUUGCUGUCAUGAGUGUCAAUUGUUUCACUGCUUUCACUGCUGGUUUUGUCACCACCUACGUUGGUCAGACCGGCUUCCGCACCAUUGCUUCCACUUUUGUAAAUAACUUUAUUAACCAAUGGUGCUCUGAUGGUAUAACUUUGGUCAUCGGUUUGACUUGAUCCAUGGCUGUCACUACUGAUGUUCUCGUUGGAUUCGCUGCUUUCGCUGGACUUGAUUAUUUCGCUGAUCUCAGGAUUCACACUUCCAUUGCUGCUGAUGUCACUCGUCUGAGUUGUUUCUUCACUGGCGCUCUCACUGUUGUCAAUCAAAUCAUUUACCAGCGAACUCUUGAUGGCAAAACUUACUUCAGUGACCUUAUCAGUCAAAUGGGUUUCAGUAUUGGGGUUGUUACUGUCCUGACUGGACUCGGUGCUUUCAUUACUGGCACUCUCGCUGCUGUUGUCUGCCUCGUUGCUUUCUUGACUUGAACUGUCACCAGCUCCUUUUGUUUCACUGCUUUCACUACUUGUGCUGUUGCUAGCCAUACUGGUCUCACUGCUUUCACUGCUGGUUCCGUCGAUACCCUCGUUGGUCUGACCAGGUUGCCCAUUGAUGCUCCCACUUUUGUAAAUGACGUAAUUCACCAGUGGGCUCGUGAUGGUAGAACUUUUAUCAUCGGUUUGACUUGAGCCAUUGCUGUCACUAUUGGUGCUUUCAUUGGACUCGCUGCUAUCACUGGCCUUACCAAUAUCACUGAUGUCACUUGCCAUGCUUGUUUUGGUGUUGUCGCUAGUAAUGUCAAUGUUCAGGCUGGUCUGAAUGGUUUCUUCACUGGAGCUCUCAGUGCUCUCAAUUACAUCGCCUAUUAUUGAGCUCUUGAUAUCAUAUCUAACUUCACUGACCCUAGCAGUCUGAUGGGUUUCAAUACUGGGGGUGCUGCUGGGCUGUACAGACUCGGCGCUCUCAUUGCUGUCACUCUCGCUGUUGUUGUCAGCCUCAUUGCUUUCCUCACUUUGACUGUCAUGAGUGUCACUUGUUUCACUACUUGUGCUGUCACUGGCCUUACUAGACUCUGUGCUCUGACUGCUGGUUCCGUCAUUUCCAUUGAUGGUCUGAUCAGGUUCUCCGUUGUUCUCACUUUUGUAAAUAACUUCUUUUACCAUUUGGCUCUUGAUAGUAUAACUUUGAUUAUCGGUUUGAUUUGGCUCAUUAGUGCCACUUCCAGAGGUCUCGUUUGACUCGUUGCUGUCAUUUUUGUUGGCCUCAGUGAUGUCACUGCUCUCAGUGCUUUCACUACUUGAGCUGUCAACGUUUUGAUUGGUUUCGUCGCUGAUGCUGUCACUUUUGUCAGUUGCAUGAUUCUCCCCUUGGCCCUUGAUGGCAUGGCUUAUGUCACUUAACUCAUUGCUCUCACUGCUGGUGCUCACGUCUUUGACAGCAGUGUCAGUUGUGUUUCCGUUGUCCCCUUCUUCACUUGUGGUUUCACUGACAUCGGCUGUGUGCGGCUCUGACUGACUUGCGACCUGGUUGUCAGCACUCGCAGAAGCUGGAUCCCAACCCUGAGGCAGAGAGAAAAACAAAAUUGUCUUACUUGAUAGGUUCUAUUUGAUUUUAGUUUGCCACCAUGUGGCUUGCAUUUCUCCUUUUUGGUGUGUAGAUGGCAGUAUAGAUCUAGAUGCAGCCAUUUUUUUUUAAGGGACUGGGUUUUAAAAUGGACCUUAUCCAAGUAGACUGGUUGGUACCCAAAUAUAGACUGCACAUUUAGCCUGCUAUUUACACUCACACAGAACGUACAGACAAUUUAGUCUUCACUAAAUUCUAACAAUAGAAUACAAACUGUAACAAUGGAAUGUGAAAGUAAGCUGUAUAGUACUCAAAGAAUAGGGAGCGCAUACACAUGUAACCUAGAUAGGAAAAUUAACCUGAAAAAUAUUAGGUUAUAACAUUCUAUUUAGUCAACACCUAUGCUGCUUGCAUGAUAAACUAGCCACAUAAGUAAACAUUAGACAUCAAAAGUUGUAAACCACUGAUGACAGAUGACCAAGUGUAUUCUAACUUUACCCAGAAACCACAGUUUUCCUAAGAUAAUAUUUUAACGUCUCCCUAUUUACGUUGCUGAAUUGAAUGUGUUUUACACAAGGGUCCUUUGGAUGUACAAAAGUGAAAACCAUUUUGAAUUAUGGUCAGACAUAAGUCUGGAAAUGCAAUAAGAUAAAAAAAGACACAAUGUAGAAUAAUUGCUAUUCAAUUAAAGUGCUAAAAAAAGAACAAAAACAACCAUGGACUAUAUGACAAACAUCUUAAGUUCAGCAAAGUGAAGGGAUUUUUCGGCGCAAUUGGCCAAAAGAAAAUAUUUCAAAAUUCUGCCUUCAUUCCAUCUUUUCAUACACACAUUGAAAACAACAGACAACAGACAAUUUAGACUCUAUCAUUAACGUACAAUGCACAUUUUGGGAGGAAACCGGAGUGGCAAAACCAAUGCAGGCAAGGGGAGAACAUGCAAAUGGCACACAGGAAGGCUGGAGCCUGGUUUCAGUCUAACCCUCUGAACAGUGUGCCUCACAUUAAGUUAUAGAUAGAAUACUAUAAAUCACCUUUUGGUACUGUUGGAUGUGAUGUUGAUAGGAUUGUGGAUCAUAGGAAUCUCCAUUGUAAGCCUGAGAGAAAUGAACACAAAAACAUUCAAAAUGAAGCUCUUUAACCUCAUCUUUGUUGAUAACUCUUAAAAAAAACAAAAUAUUAAUUAUGAUUAUGACUAAAUUACCUGCUGGUAGUAUUGGUAUAAGUACUGCUGAUAAGACUGUUGAUCAUAUGAGCCUUCAGUUUGCGGCUGAAAGAGAUUAACAGAAAGAAACAUUUAAUGAUAUACUUUAACAUCAACAUCAACAUGAUUACCCUGUUGCAUUCUUUCAAAGUUCAUUACUGUCAGCAACAGUAAAAACACUCAACGUGCCGACUUAAAUACCUGUGGGAGGUGCUGGUAGGGGGAAUGUUGAUGGGAUUGUGGAUCAUUUGAACCUCCAGAUUGAGACUGUAAGAAAUUAACACAGAGACAUUUAAUGAUACCCUCAAGCAUCUAGUUUAUUUGUCGAAGGUUCAUUACUGUGAGCUAUUGAAAAACUCUUACUUGAUGUUGAUUUUCUUCAGAGCUCUGUAACAAAAAAAAAAAAAAAAAAAAAAGAAGGAAAUGUCAAAAAAGUGCCUUAAACAGCAGAAAAUCACAACUGAAACAUAGAGACAGUAAUGACCUGCUGAUCAUGGUAGGGGUGAUGUUGAUAGGACUGUGUAUCAUGCGAACCUGCAUUCUGAGACGGGGGAAAAGUAAGCAAGAAAAGAGAAAAAAGACCUUUAAUGAUGAUCUUUAACAUUUACGUAAUUAGUGCUUUGUUCUUGUCAGGUUAAUUGCUCUUGUAUAUAGAAGAAGACAAUUUUACAAUUUUUAAAGCUUUUAAUUUAGCUUUUUUCUAGUUCAAGAAACCAACUAUGCUUCUCUAUUUCAUCUUAUGAUCAUGAGUAGGGUUGGGCAUCGUUUGAAAUUUAACGAUUCUGGUUCCGAUUCCGAGUCCACGUUUGGAUUCCGGUUCCAAAUGAUUCUCGAUUCCGAUUCUUUAAAGAGGCAGGGUCAAAAAAAAAAACAAAAAAACAAAAAACAAAAAAAAGGCAGGGUAAAUAAAAAUUAAAUGGUUUAUAUUAAAGUCUUAACUUCUCUAUGAUUUUUAAAAUUAUAUGGACUUCUCACAGGGCUAAUUUUAACUUGUAUAUAAACAUAAGUUUAAACUUUGAACUUGAGCAAUUUUUUCCCGCUCGGCGGUCAGGGCAUCGAAACAUGGAAUCAAAAUUUAAAAAUUGGAACGAUUCCGGGAGCAUCGGAGUGUUAGAAUCGGUUCCCAUCGAUACUCGAUGCUUGAUGCCCAACCCUAAUCAUGAGUUACUUAAAAAAGCUAAAGUUGACAUGACAACUAUUAUAAACAAAUUGUUUGGGAAAAAUUGUAAUAAUGUGGCUUCAAAGUGUCCAACAUUCGCAUUCCCAGUCAUAAUUAUACUUGUCACUUUAAAACAAAUCAAUGAUUUUCAUAGGUUAUAAAUCACUUAAAACAAAAUGGUGUUUUUCACAUUUGUCAUAUUGUAGAUUAUGCUAACUUUCAAAUGACACUCAUUAAAGGAAAUCUGAUAGGCAAAAAAGUUGAAUUAUUUGACAUGUGGAGUCAAGGUGGGUGCACUAGUAUUGCUUCCCAGAAUUUCAAUUACAGUUCCCCCCUACUCAUCAUCAAGAAGAGACAUGGCAGAAAAUCAUAUCUAAAUUGAGUCAAUUACCUGUUGGUGGUAUGCAGAAUGUUGAUAGAGUUGUGCAACAUAAGAACCUCCAUUCUGGGCCUAUAAGAAAUAAACAGGGGGAGAAAGAAACAGACAUUUAAAGACACUCAUUACUCCUGGGCGUUCUUUGAAGAUUGGAUGCAAUUAUGGGCAGAUGUGGUUGCAAGAAUGCAGAGUGCAGACAAUAUAAUCUCUACACCAUCAAUCUAGUGAGAUGUUGGAUUUCUAAAGUUAAAUGCAUUAAAAAAGAGGAAAAGGUUGGGGAGAAAAACCACUCACUGAUUCACUUGAUUCACUGGAUUCUGCGACUCCAUUAAUUGAAAUCUAAAAGGAAAAAAAGAAAAAUUCAAUUUGACAUUUAUUUCAACUGAUCACAGGUACUCAAGCUAUUAAAUUGACAACAUUCUAUUCAACAAAUUAUAUCUAAUACAAGUUCAAGAUUUAAAAAAAAAAAUUGUUAUUUUUAUUUUUCCAAAAUAUUUACUUACAGGUUUGGAAAAUACAGCCCCAAUAAGGCAAAGCGUGAGUACGAUGACCCUCAUUCUGUAAUGCAAAUGUAUAAUUCUCAUUACUAUAAAGUUGAAUCAAACUUGCAAUUUACAGUGACAAAAACAAUAUACAAAAAAAAAUAAAGAUAACAUUAAUAUGAUUAUUAGAGCUAACUAAAACAAUGCAAUUUACAUCAAAUUUUCAAAAAGACAUUCAACAUCUAGUUACACAUUGUUAAAAGACUGAAUUAAUUCAAAAUUAAGAACAAUGCAUUCAACCAACCAAAAUACAGAAAAUAUAGCUAAAAAUAUUACCUGGAUCGAAGCAAUCAAAACUUUCUGUAUCGAUCAGAUGCCAAAGUGAUAAGCUGUCAGAGCUUCAACUUGUAUGUGACAGCUAGGACGAGAAGCCAGCGCCUAUUCUGAGCUGCAAGCUGGUGGUAGGGACAUACUGUAGGAAACCCCGACAGCUACUGUAUAUAUGCAAACCAAAUUAUGUUUUCGUUACAUCACUUCCUUCCGGAUGUCUCCUCUGUGGACACGCCAAGGUAUAUUUGUGCUCGAAACACAUUUUGGCGGGAUGGUGAUGAUUACACACAUAAACCACAAAAAGACGCACCACAAACAUGCGCACACACAUGCACACAACACACAUAUACACAUACUUUUUCUUUGAAACUAAAUCCAAAUGCCAAUAAACCAAGCGUUGUAAAGUAUGAUAGAACAUUAAGUUAGAGAAAACAUUUUUUCAACCAGACGUCAACCAAAACAACAUAUAUUAAAAUACAUAUGGUAUAAAAUGGAUUAUUACUUAAAUCCAGACUCUGCCCCCUCACUUGUCAUUUAUGAAAUACAGAUGAGCAAACUAUACCGUAGGGUUAACGUUCCUUCGGUGUUUGUGCCCUUCGCCCACCCAGAGCGGAAACGUGGCACAGACUAAGUUAUGGUUGUUUCCUGUGAAUUUAUGUUUUCACCACUUUUACCAAAAACCGCUGUCUUUCUAUGAUGAUGAAGUUCAGUGGACAGUACAAUUUCUUUAUACUUAGUUUCAUAACAUUUUAAUGUUCUUAGUCAAUGUGCCGUCUUAAUACUCAUUCUUCACUAUCAAGGUAGAAUUCCUUAUGUUCAUUACUUCACUGGUUUAUGUAUUAACAGCCACAUACAUUCACAUAAAUGGUUUGAGGAUCACAAGGCCGAACAAAUCAAGGUUGUCCAAUUAGCUGUUGAUCACAUUCUUUGAUGUGAAGCCUGUGACCUACUCCAGAAUUGUUGUCCCUGACCAAACCGGCAAAUAGACAAUUAGGACAACCUGUGAUGUUUGCUCUGACAGUUGUGGCAGGACAACGUGUGGCUGCUUCACCAUGACAACACACCUGAUUGAAACACGUAGCAUCUGGCCGUUGCUUGGUAUGAAGAACAUCAACAUUGCUAUCUCCCUACUUAGCCAGGCUGGCUCUUUUUUCCUCACUUACAUCAUAGCUGUGAUUGCCCAUCCAGAAAAGCACGGCAGGGAAGGCUGGAAAUGUGUGUUGGAUUACCGAUGGAUUACCGUAAUUUUUGGACUAUAAACCGUAGAGCUGGGAAUCUUUGGGCACCUAAUGAUUUGAUUACGAUUCAGAGGCUCCGAUUCGAUUAUAAGACGAUUAUUGAUGCACCCCCCUCCUUUAAAAAAAAAAAAAAAAAAGUUUUAUGUUUUGUACAUUAGUUCCAAAAUUGUUCAAAAAUCCUCCCAGGCUAAGCCAAACUACUAUUUCAGUAUCAAGUUAACAUAUAACAGUAAACAAAUAUACAAAAAUAACAGUAAAUAAAAAACUCCAGUCCCCAUUCUGUAUCAGCAGCUUUAAACAACAUUCAAUUAAUUUAAUGUUGUGAAUCAACUGUUACAGUUGUUAAAAUUAGUCCCGUUAUUCCAUAAUUUCCCUUCUACUUUUGUCAAAGUUUUAAAACUAUUUCAUCAUUUAAAGAUAGAUUCAAGACAAGAUUCUGCCGAUUUAGGAGUAUUUUAGAUAAAAAGUUAAUUAAGUACACUACAACAGAGCCUUCUAGAGAGGUCUACUGCUUUAAGAUAGCGGCUGUUUACUUUCGCCGGAAAGUCUGUCAUUUCGCAUCCCUGCUCAAUGUUUUAACACCGACGUCGUCUGUCAUUUUGCAUCUAGUUCUACAUAUAUAUGAUAUCUACUGUAGCCGUAUGUUUGUAGCAACUAGCAACUGGGCGUUGUUUGUAGCGGCUGUCGUCAGGUAUGAUUGUUUUUUUUUAUCUAAUGGCAUGAGUUGAACAUGAUAUUUACUCUCGGUCCGUUCCUCAUUGCGUCCCAAAGACCGCACUGACUGUGUUUUACUUCUGCUUUACCUGGUAUAAUUCAAUAAUCGGAAUUUGGACAUUUGUGAAUCGUUCUCAAAUCUUCCACGGCCGAAUCGCGAAUAAUCUAAGAAUCGGAAAUUUUGCACGGCUCUAAUAAACCGGUACUUUUUUCCCUCAUUUUGAAUCCUGAGUUUUAUAGUCCAGUGCGGCUUAUUUGUUGAUUUAUUGGGUUAAUAGGUAACACUUUAUUUGACAGCGGCGUCAUAAGACUGCCAAAAGUCCGCCAUAAUUAUGACAUGACACUACCAUGGGCAUUAAUGAAUGCAUAUGACAGAUGUCAUUAACACAUUUGCUCCCAAAAAUGUAUAAA